AAUACAAGAAGUUAAAAUUUUUUGUUUUUAAGGAUCAUGAAUUAUUAGUUAAUAAGUUAACAUAAAUAAAUGUUUGAUGCAGAGGAACACACUCAUCAAAGGUUAAAUCCUUUACUUAAUGAAUGGGUUAUUGUUUCGCCUCAUAGAACUAAAAGACCCUGGAAUGGCCAGGUAGAAACAAGUGAAGAAGCAUCUGUUUUGAGGCAUGAUAUAACCAAUCCUCUUUGUCCUGGAGUAAUGAGACCAUCAGGAAAGGUCAAUGAAAAUUAUACAAGUACCUAUGUCUUUGAAAAUGAUUUUCCUGCAUUGCUUACCAGUAUUCCAGAGCCACAAAAUAGUGAAGAUGACCUUUUUCAAGUAAAAUCUGCAACAGGUAUAUGUCGCGUUAUGUGUUUUCAUCCAUAUUCGGAUCUCUCUCUUCCUCUAAUGAGUGAAAAUGAAAUAUUGGCAGUUAUAGCUGAGUGGAUCAGACAAGUUCUGGAACUCUCACAAAAGUAUGAAUGGAUUCAAAUAUUUGAAAACAAAGGCACUAUGAUGGGUUGUUCAAACGUUCAUCCACAUUGUCAGAUUUGGGCUUGCUCAUUUUUACCACGUGGAAUACAAAUAGAGGAUGAUAACCAGCGCAUGUAUUACAAAAAACACAAGAAAAGCAUGUUGAUGGAAUAUGCUAGAAAAGAAAUGGAGAAAAAGGAUCGUAUUGUUGUUGAAAACCAAGACUGGCUUGUUGUGGUUCCGUAUUGGGCAAUGUGGCCUUAUGAACUUCUUGUGUUACCAAAAGCUCCUACAAAAAGAAUAAGCGAUCUUACACAGAUACAACAAAAAUCCUUGGCUAUCAUAAUGAAGAUAUUUCUCACAAAGUAUGAUAACUUAUUCAAGACGUCAUUUCCUUACACUAUGGGUUGGCAUGGUGCACCCUUUAAUGAAAAAUGUUUGAGCGAUUGUUCCCAUUGGCAACUUCAUGCUCAUUAUUUUCCGCCACUUUUACGGUCUGCUAGUAUAAAGAAACACAUGGUAGGGUUUGAAAUGCUGGCUGGUCCAAUGAGAGAUAUAACACCGGAAAAGGCUGCCAGUAUAUUACGUGGUCUCUCUAGUGUGCACUAUAAAGAAGCAUGAAUACAAUGGUUUAUUAGAAAUAGAUAUUUUCAUAUUCACUGCUUGAUUCAUAUAUUUCAUUUGGUCUCUUAAAUAUUAAAAUCAUCAGAAAUUCUAUCUACAGGUAUUGAAACAUAGUUUGUUGACCUCACCAUGCGAGCAGAAGAUUUUCCAUAACAUGAAUCAGUAGUUAUUGCUAAAAAUGUAAAACAAACUUUCAUCAAGAUUAAUGUUAUUGUAAUACCAUAUUAUUAGAAUAUACAUAACUUAAUAGUA